AUAAGUCUAAUUAAGUUCUUAUAGUUUCACGCAAGACAUUUAAAUUAAUAGUAAUCGUCUUUUAGAAUCAUUUGACACAAAUUAAAGUACGAUGAAAAUUAAUGCUAGGAAUUGUAUAAGUUUCCUAAUUCGUUCGGUUAACUUUCAUCAGGAACACUUUGCGUUAGAAGUGCUGGCAACCAAAGUUGAGAGGAUACACAGGAGAUUUUAUACAAAGAAUCGAUACCUAAAGUUUGAACACACUGUCCCUGACUGUAAAGUAAACAUGAAGAAAAAAAUAAUCAUUGACACAGAUGCUGGCCUCGAUGAUGCUCAAGCUAUUCUAAUGGCCUUGGCGUCGAGUCAUGCAGAAGUCGUUGCUAUAACUACAGUGAUGGGGAAUGCCGGAGCAUCUCAAGUUGGUUUAAAUGUUUUGCGGAUUCUGAAGCUGGCUGGUCGGUUAGAUAUACCAAUAUAUGUCGGAUGCAACCAAGCUCUAAAUGGAUACAAGGUUGAAGGAUGUUCCGGAUAUCAUGGUUCCGAUGGAUUUGGAGAGUCUCCAGACCCGGAUGCUCCAGACUCUUCUUUCAUUCAAAAGGAGGAUGGAGUCAGUGCAUUGAUUCGGUUGUCUAAACAGUUUUCUGGUAAUAUAUCAGUUGUAUGCAUUGGACCGUUGACGAACAUGGCGAUGGCACUUAGAAAAGAUAAAACGUUUGGUCAGCAACUGGAAAAAUGUUAUAUCAUGGGAGGAAAUUAUUGUGGAAAAGGAAAUGUUACAGUGUCAGCAGAGUUCAAUUUUCACGUAGAUCCAGAAGCGGCUAGAGAAGUUCUACAUGAUCUAUGUUGUCCUAAAACAUUGCUAGGAUGGGAGAUAUGUGAUGAAAACGCGUUUUCUUGGGACUGGUACAAGAAUUUUCUCAAGAUGAAAUCUAAUAAAAUAAAAUACCUGGCAGAACUUGAAAAAUAUACAAUGAACAAAUAUUAUAUUCCAAAUAUAAAUAAAGGAUUGAUUCAGAACUAUGAAAUGGCAGAUCAGUUUUUAAUGGCCAUUGCUCUUGACGAAAAUAUAAUAAUGGAAUCUAAAACAGUGUAUGCAGAUGUUGAAUUGAAAGGGGAGCUGACACGUGCACAGAUGGUAGUUGACUGGAAUAAAGUUUUAGGAAAAGAACCAUACGUUAAAAUUGUAACAAAAUUUGACAGGGAUCGGGCUGAACAAAUGCUACUGGAGUCCCUUAAUGAAAACGAUUAAACAACUUAUCCGGCAGGGUUUAAGUCUUUUAUUCAUAUUUAUACCAUGACAGAUGUGUCCAUGGACUGAUGCGUUCAAUGAACUUAAAGAAUUAAGACUUGUGUUCAAAAAAGUCUUUAAAGUACGGAUAGUAAAGGAUUUUUAUCAAGUAUGGAUAGUAAAUAAGGUAUUUUAAUCAAAGUGUAUAAAUUCAUUCAAAACAAGGUAAGACAAGCUUAGUUGUGUUCA